AUGAGUUCAAUUCAAAGAUAAACACGUACUCGUAUAUUUGAAUCAGAUUCUGAAACUAAUACAAAAAGACCUAUUACUCCAUCAUCAUAAUAACAACAAUCUAAAGACAAUUACAAAAUACAUCUUCUGACACAUAAUACUUAAGUUAAUACACCUAUUGUCUAAUGUCAUUACCAUCCUGAUUAAAUUAUAAAAAACUUUUGCAAACAUCUGUAUCAUUAUUAUUUUUAUUAUUUCUAAGAGAUUGUUUAUUACCUUUAUGUCCUUAAUGUGUAACCAUUCAUUAAGAAGAUCAUAAUAAUUUACUUUAACCAUCUUCUUUUGAUCAUCUUACUACCUGUUUAACAGAACAAUAAAAUAAAAUUGUUGAUAUAUGCAAUCUAAUGACAAAUGAUAUACAAAAUCUAAAUGAACUUAAAAUAUUCAUUAAUGAACAUUAUAAAAAUCAAAAAAAUAGAUUUCUUGAAGCCAAACAAUCUCUAUAUAAAUUAAUUGAUCAAUAUUUUUAAACACAUGAAAAUACAAUCAAUACAUUAACAUAAAAAUAAACUGAUUUAUUAUUCAAUUAACUUAAUUCAUAUCAUAGAUUAGCAUAUGAAAAAUGGAAUCAUUUGUAAACUAGAUUAUAAAAAUUGAAUUCAGAUAAAUGUUUAAAGACUUUAAUCAAAUGUUAUAAAUAAAGCAAACCAGAAGACAUCUAUUCUCAAUAACAUGAAAUGUCUAUUUAAUUUAUGGAUUAAAUAAAAACCUAGUUAGAUAAAAUAUAAAUUAAUCCUACAAAAUUAUAAAAUAUCUUAGACUCAUUGAGCUCCUAUAUAUUAAUAAUUCCUAAUGAAUAACAAAAUAACACAUAAUCUUCAUCAUAUGAAAAAACAAAGAGAUCAAGCAGUUAAUAACAUGCUGUCUCCACUUCUCCCAUUAACGCAAGAAUUGUAAAAGGAUAUCCUAUUUAAAAAAGAUAUAUAAUUCCACAAAAUAAAUUUGACAUAAUGAUUCCCUCAAUUUAAUAAGGUUUUCCAACUCAGCAGCCAGGAAUUAAUUAUUACAUUCCAUAAAAUUAAUAAAUUACAAAUUAGAAAUUAAGCAAUACUCCUCUGUCAUUUCCAACAUAAAUAACUGGAAUUCCUUUAUAUAAGCAAUAAAAACAAACCCAACAGGUUUUGAAUCCUUUACAACCUACAAUGUAGAACUAAGUAAAUAAGGUAGGAGAAGUUAUAGAUCUGAAAUAAAGUAGAAUUCCAUAGAAGGCGACAGAAUAGUAUUAAAAUAGAAUAUUCAAUGAGAAUGACUUCUCUCCUAAGUUGAAUAUGACUUGA